AUGGCAGGUGUCAACCCUUACGCUGCUGGCUCCGAAACGCCGGCUGUACUGCGCAAGGAUGGCUUCCAACACCCAGCUCAACUCAGCAGCGAUCCUAUUCGAAUUCACCCACAUGCCCUCACACUGGCACGGUCGGCAGCGUUGGUGAGCGACAAGCUCUACUCUGGAUUCGUCGAGCAUCUGGGUCGGGGCAUCUACGGAGGUAUUGUGGACGAUCCAAACAAGCCCAGUCCAGCCUCGAUUCUCGACAAGCAGGACAAGGGGGAUGAGCGCACCAAGGGCCGUCUGGCGUGGAGGAAGGACGUCGUCAAGAUCCUGGCCAAAGACGGCGAGCUCGAGAUGCCCAUCCUGCGGUGGCCGGGCGGCAACUUUGUCAGCAACUAUCACUGGCAGGACGGCAUUGGGCCUAUUUCGCAACGUCCCAAGCGUGUCGAGUUGGCAUGGCUCUCAACCGAAACAAACCACUUUGGCACAGACGAGUUUAUCGACUACUGCCGAGAGCUCAAGGUAGAGCCUUACUUUUGUAUCAACAUGGGCACAGGUACCUACGAAGAGGCGCUCGCCUGGCUAGAGUACUGCAACGGCACGGGCGACACGCACUGGGCCAACCUGCGACGCAAAAAUACGGGUCGAGACGAACCACAUAACGUCAAGUACUGGGGGCUUGGCAACGAGAUGCAUGGUCCCUGGCAGGUCGGUUUUCUCAAUGCCACCGACUACACCAAGACGGCAAAACGCUGGGCUCACGGCAUGAAGCUCGUCGAUCCUUCGAUCAAGCUCGUCUCUUGCGGAAACCAGGGUAACUCGGAGUGGGAUCGAGAAGUGCUCAACGGUCUGAUCGGUGUAGUCGACCUGCAUUCGAUCCAUCUCUACUCGAUGCUCGGACACGAACACUACAGCACAGUGCAGGGCUUCGACUACGAGAAGAAUGUUUUCGGUCCUGCGGCUGCCGAGCGGGGGAUCGAGAUCUGCGCAUCGCUUAUCGACCUUGCCAAGAUCGACAAGGCCCAGUCGUUGCUCGACUGGAACAACCGUGACCAGAAGGUGGCAGCGCGCGAUGUCAAGAUCUGCUAUGACGAGUGGAACGUCUGGGACGAAGUCAAAGCUCCCGGCUCCCAGGGACUCGAGCAGGCGUACGACUACACUGACAUGCUCGGUGUCGUUGCCUGGCUCAACAUCUUGGUGCGCAAAUCCCAGCAUGUGGGGAUUGCGUGCAUAGCUCAGAGUGUCAACGUCAUCUCGCCACUCAUGACGAGUCCCACAGGCCUCUUGUUCCAAACGACCUACUGGCCUCUGCGUCUGUUCUCGCGCUACAUGAAGAAUGGCCGUCUGCUCAACCUCGGCUUUACGCCAGACACGUACGAGGGCCCUACAUACCCGGAAUGGAUCCAGCACAUCUCGAAACCGGCUUACGUCGAUUGCGUCGCCCUAAUCGUCGAACAGCCAGGCUCGAAGCACGCCAGCAUCCGACUCAGCGUUCUCAACCGACAUCCCACCGCCGACUGGAACGGUGGCAUCAGCUUCGAAGGCUUCCAGAUCGAGAGUGUCGAAUCUCACCUUCUCUACCACGACGAUCUUCUAGCGAAGAACACGUUCGAGAGGCCCGAAGUGGUCGUGCCCCAAAUCAAAAAGUACGGCGGCGAGGAGUGGGCCAGGCAAGGCUCUCAGCCGGUCCGAAAGCACUCUUGGUCAUUCUUCAUCUUUGAAGGGACCGUAUUGUAA